CCCGCAACGCGACACGCCAGUAGCGCAGCACCGAUUCCUCUCGUGCUCUUGGGCGCUGCUCUGAGCAGCGUCACCCUUUAUACCAGAAAGCUGGCGGGCACUAUGGGGAAAAAACAAAACAAGAAGAAAGUGGAGGAGGUGCUAGAAGAAGAGGAAGAGGAAUAUGUGGUGGAAAAGGUUCUAGACCGUCGAGUGGUAAAGGGCAAAGUGGAGUACCUCCUCAAGUGGAAGGGGUUCUCAGAUGAGGACAACACAUGGGAGCCAGAAGAGAACCUGGAUUGUCCUGACCUCAUUGCUGAGUUUCUACAGUCACAGAAAACAGCACAUGAGACAGAUAAAUCAGAAGGAGGCAAGCACAAAGCUGACUCUGAUUCUGAAGAUAAGGGAGAGGAGAGCAAACCAAAGAAGAAGAAAGAAGAGUCAGAAAAGUCACGAGGUUUUGCCCGGGGUUUGGAGCCAGAGCGGAUUAUUGGCGCUACAGACUCCAGUGGAGAACUCAUGUUCCUGAUGAAAUGGAAAAACUCUGAUGAGGCUGACCUGGUCCCAGCCAAGGAAGCCAAUGUCAAGUGCCCCCAGGUUGUUAUAUCCUUCUAUGAGGAAAGGCUGAUGUGGCAUUCCUACCCCUCAGAGGAUGAUGACAAAAAAGAUGACAAGAAUUAGCUCUCCUGAGUACCAGCCCCUGUCACAUCUGA